AUGACAUACAAACGGACAAUUCUGAUAACUGGUUCAACAGAUGGAAUUGGUAAACAAACUGCUUUGGACCUCGCAGCACAUCCUGAUAAUUUUGUUAUUUUACAUGGAAGAACAGAGCAAAAAUGUAUUGUAAGUUUGUUGGGAUAUUAGUGAGUGAGCAAGAAAAAACGGAAACGAAAAAAACUGUUGUUUUGUUCGGAAAUGAAAUUUAAUUAGAAGAAAUAUAUAUUUUUUAUUUUUAUUGUAGCUGACUCAAUUUUCAGACGACCAAAGAGUUUAUUGGAAAAGAGAAUGGAACAAGUAGCAAUGUUGAAUAUGUGUUUGCGGAUUUCACAAACUUGAAAGAGGUAAGAUUUUAUUAAACUGGAAAAUUAGGAGAAUCAGAAUGAUAUCAAAAUCAGCGAAUCUCUGUAGUUCUUCUUGAAAAGCCCAAAACUUGUGACAAAUAUUAUACCCCUCCAGCCGCUCGCUUAGCCGCUCAAAGCGAGGCGCUCGCUCGAGCUUCUGAGCGCCUAAGCCGCUCGAGCCAACGAGCGGCUUGA